AUGGAGAAAUUGGUAUCAGAAAGGCCUGUUUCUAUGCCUAAGGAUGAAACGCCUACCCUUUCUUCCCAGGAGAAGCCAGAUAAGAACUCAUGCCCUCAUGCACCUGACAAAUAUUUUCUCCCUGGUGGGAUGGACAGUGAGAACUGCAAGGCUAAUGAGAAGGAAAGGGAGUGGAUCCGCCCUGAUACACCUAGCAAAUGCACAUGGAGGCUUGGGAAACCCCUGUCUGCCUCCCCCCAUCGUCAUACCACUCUGCCAGAGCCCCUGAAAAUCCUGCCAAGCAUCCUGGAUAAAGUUGGUGAUACACCCAUGGUGCGAAUCAACAAGCUUGGGAAACAGCAUGGGCUCAAGUGUGAACUCUUGGCAAAAUGUGAGUUCUUCAAUGCUGGGGGCAGUGUGAAGGACCGCAUCAGCCUGAGGAUGGUAGAAGAUGCUGAAAAAGCUGGGAUCUUGAAGCCUGGGGACACUAUCAUAGAGCCAACCUCUGGAAACACAGGAAUUGGGCUGGCCUUGGCUGCAGCAGUGAAGGGCUACCGCUGUAUCAUUGUGAUGCCAGAGAAAAUGAGUAUGGAGAAGGUGGAUGUCCUGAGAGCUCUGGGUGCUGAGAUUGUGAGGACCCCAACUAGUGCCAGAUUUGAUUCUCCUGAAUCUCACGUUGGAGUAGCAUGGAGACUGAAAAAUGAAAUCCCCAAUGCACAUAUACUAGACCAGUACCGUAAUGCCAGCAACCCCCUGACACACUAUGACACCACAGCUGAAGAGAUCCUGCAGCAGUGCGAAG